UGUUAUAUUUUAUACAUUUUACACACGUAUAUGAUGUGUAAAUAUCAUCAAAAACCUUUUUUUUGUCAAAAAAAUUUGUAUGGGCUUUUGAAGAUCUCCCUUUUUACUACCUUUAACGAAUACUUUCCUGAAGCCUCAAUGGACGCGCAUGCGCGAGAAAACCCGUCUAUAUUAGCACUGGCUACCGCUCGCCGCCUCACAGUCCGUCACCGUCGCUCGUCGUGUGAACACACGCGGACGUCUUUACAGUCAGACUGCACGCGCUGCGUGUUUUUGUCGUCGUAUCGUUGACACAGUGACGGAUCGAGAUCAGCCUCUGCGUUGCACGUUGCAUGCACGAGGGUAGAUUUCUCCACAUUGCAUUCGUUGUCAGGUUUUGCGCUCAUCUUAAAUCGGCGUUUUAGGAAAUUAAUGUAAAAAAAUUUUGGUGUACAGCGGAAAAGGACCACAGGAAGAUUAAGCGAUCGAGACGGUUGCAAUCUUCACUUGACAGAGGCGCUCAUCAGCGCGCGCUGUCAAAGAUUCAGUGAAAGCGGGACGUUGAACGUUAUAACGUCAUUUGUGCGAGAACUUGUGUAAAUGAGUGUGCUCUUCGAUUUCUUAUCGAUUACUUCCUUUUGCACUUUGUGAGACAGUUUCCGAAACGGACAAGGAGUUGGACGAGAAUCAUCGAAGAACGGGCGUGCUAUCGCGGCCGUUUCGCUCCGCGAGUGACAAGUGGUCGGCGACGCGUGGUUAACCACGUGGCGCGGUGUGUGCGCCGGUGUAGGUAGCCGCCUGGGGUGGCGUGAACUUUCGCGGGAUUCUCUUUCCCUUCCGGGCGCGUGUGUGCGAUGAACAAUCGAUGCACACGACGGACAAGUGACAGAUAGUUAUUGUCGUCGGUCGUUGGUCAUUUACGAGCGAGCGAACAAGCGAACGGACGGACGCUUUGCGGUAUCGUCAAACGUUUCGCUCCAGCUGAGAAAGUUGACGAUCGACCUUCGCUCAUUGGUUUCUCACUCUCGAGACACUCGAGGGCAUGGUGCAACAGUGAUUAGUACGCCGUAUAUCAUCGCCGGUGCCAACAGCAGUCGCAAGGGUUAGCGGGGUCCGGUGGUGGUAGUCUGGUCUUGCCGUCGCAGGCCGCCGCGAGAUGCUGAGAGCCUCAGCCGUUCAGUCCAACCAAUCAAGUAGGGUGCUGCGAUCUGUGCCGAGGGCCGUUGCGGCCUGCUAAGAUGACCGCGCGUCUACACUCGCUGAGGCACCAGGAGAAGAAAUCAGCCGGCAGCAGCCACAGGCAGCACCACCACCACCAGCAUCAACAGGCCGUGCAUCAGGGUCCGAGCCCGGCACCGAGCCCUAGCCCAAGCCUCAGCCCGAGCCCGAAACAUUCGGACGGACGAAGAGCUAACAAACCACUAAUGGAAAAACGACGACGAGCGAGGAUCAAUCAGUCCUUGGCGGCGCUGAAGGCGCUCAUUCUCGACAGCGCUCGCCUGGAGAACACCAAGCACAGCAAGCUCGAGAAAGCUGAUAUUUUGGAACUUACGGUCAGGCAUCUGCAGCGACAGAGAUCGCUCGCUCAGCCCGGCCUGUCCAGGUACAAGGCGGGAUACCAGGACUGCUCCAGAGAGGUGAGCCGCUAUCUCGAUGCGCCGGACAUCAUCACGGGCAACACCACGCCGAUGGACCCGGCGGUGAAGCAGCGACUGCUUCGCCAUCUCGAUAGCUGCGUAUCGGAACUAGAUCUGGACCUGGGGUCGCGACCGGACAGCGGCCUGGGCAGCAGUCCCGGUAGCGUGACGGAUCGCGUGGCGGGGACGACGAGCCCGGGGCCGCUGGAUCACCACGUGACGGUCGGGCCGCAUUGCAGCGCCGCGCUCACUCCGGCUGGCCUGAUCAAGUCGGAGAUCCCGGAGAUGGUGGAGGCGGCACGACCCGACAGCAGCAACACAGCCGGCGACGAGAACAACAACAGCAGCCGGCCGACCUCCGCCUUCAGCCAGGUGAACCCGGCGACGUUGGACCCGCAUCAUCCGCAUCAUCCGUCGAAUCUGCCGGUUGAUCAGGCCUCCACGUCGCAGCAGAAUCCCAACAUGCUCUCCGUGGUGCAAGUGAUACCCUCCCGAUUGCCGGACGGCCAAGUGGUCUUCCUGCUACCGAGCCACUACGUGCAACUGGCGGCGGCGGCCGCGGCGAACGGCAUCAGCAUCGGGCCCAAUCCGCCAACGGCGAUUUGGGCGGCGACCAACAUGUCGCUGCUCAAGGCCACCGAUAAGCUGGUGAAGCGACCGCACGAGGACCUCGGCCAGGAAUGGCAGGAUCCCACUGGCGGCCUCAAGCCUAGCAAGAGCCCACGAAUGGAGCAGCCGGAGCAGCCGCUCGACUUCACCACCACGUCCAAGAAGAUGAAGACCGCCAGCUCGAGAAACUCGACGCAUUCCGGCGUCGAUCACCAUCAUCUGCGGCAACAGCAGCAGCAGCAGCAGCAACAGCAGCAGCAGCAGCAACUGCAGACCCGUCUACCGAUCGAGACCGGCGGUCCCAUCGUCCACGAGGAUAGACCGUCUAGUCACCCGGACAGCGAGGUCGCCGUCGGCAUGCCCUCUCCGUCGCCAGUGGGCCAGCAACCGGUCAAGGAUGAGGAGGGUAUGUGGAGACCAUGGUAAAGAUCCGAGGCUCCUUGUCUUAUCUUUGUAAAUAGAAGUGUACCUUUGCGAAGCGCGCAUGCGAAACCGGAAGUCCGCAUCGAUGCGCAGCUGCGAUCGUCGUCUAUUGCUCUAGGAAAUCUUCCUUACAUAUAGCUGCGAUCAGGUCGUGUGCACCUUGGCAUGCACCUGGAUGAUAGGUCUCGGCAAAAUUGACGUUAAUCACACAAUGAGAAUUACUUUGAACAAAAACAAAAUUAUCGUAGAUUUUAGAUUAUUUUUAAGGUGCGUUCUUUGAACUUUUUUCAAGUCUACAUACGAGCGAUCUAUCGAUAAUAUUUUUUUGACUAAUUAACUGAAGCAGCUGAAGCUGUAAAAAAAAUCAUCACAUUUAUUUCAGUGCAGGUUACAAAAAAAAAAAGAAAGAACACCGUGGCACGUUCUAUUUCAAAAAUACGCUCCUGGGUGAAAAUAGCGCGUGCAUUUCGAAAAGCGCUCCUCAAUUAGCGUAAUAUAAUUCUCAAAAGAGUGGCGGUACACGAAGCCAAAAGUAAUUAACGCGCGAUAUUUAUUUACGUUAUUACGGGGGAGUUGGCAAUGACACAAUUUCGCGAUAAUGCAACCCGCAAUCGGAGGGGCUGCGCAAUCGGCGAAUUUUCACAGGCGCAGAAAAUUAACGCGAUUGUCGUUAAUAUCGAGAGAAAUGUUAAUUGACAAUGGAGAGGGGGGGGGGGAGGAGAAAUGGGAGGGAGAAAACGCACUCGAAAUUACCAUUUCACGCAGUUGCAACGCGACGAUGAAUUUUACGUGCGUCGAAAGUGUUACGUACACCUUCCCCUCGCAUUAUUCUGUCGAUCUUUGGAUUUUCGCGCUGGAGGCGGAAAGUCGAGAAAAACCACGAUUGAGUUUUUUCCUUCCUCCUUCUCCCCGGGCCCUCUCUUGUUUUUAUCACCGUCGUACCGUUUGCGCUCGGCUGUGGAAAUGAGUACACGGAAAAGGCGUAUGCGCAUUCUCGCCUAAUAACUCCGCGCGCGCGUGACGUCAGCGCGCUGUACGCCGCCGUUUCUUGCGGCGCUAAUGAAGCCUUUAAUUUGCAUCGCGUCCAAAAGCACACCGCGUGGUGUCAUUUAAAUCCGCUGCAAUACCCGGCGUUAUUCUCCGCCGAAAGCCGUCGUUCGAAUAACGGCGUACGAUGCAGCAUCGGCGAGGGAUUUUCGCAUCGCGGCGAAACGAUUUCGGAAUGGGCGAUUCAACGGGGGGGGGGUGAACGUAUAACGAGCGAAACCGUGGUGAGACAUAACGUACUACGUUUUAAUGAUCUUGCGGCGUAACUCGAAAAAGAUAAAGUGCCGUGUAGCCCCUUUUAUUUCGAAGACCGCGCAGAGAUUGUCGCACACCACUUUUAGAACGUUCAGAGAGGCGAAGGCGUUAUUAAAUCUCUCACGACUCUAUUUUAAUUUUGUUUACUCGACAACUUUGCUGAAGUGUUACAUUUUUUGUGUUAAUUUUUCACAUAAUAUAUAUAUAUAUAUAUAUAUUAUUUUUUGACGUAUUCAUCUUGUGUUAAAUUAACACAAAAAUUUGAGUGGACCGUUUGGGAUGUACGAUUUAUGUUAAAUGUUUAACACAAAUUUUUCAACUGUGUAGUUUUUUCACGUAAACGAUCGCCUGUUCUAUAACUUAUUUGAGAUUAUUAUUAUUAUCAUCAUUCUAUGUGUCUAAAUUUAUUUUUUUUUAAGAUUUUUUUUAAAAAGUAAUGAGAAAUGAAAAAGUAGGUCGGAUUUUUCAUCGACGAAUGAAAACUGCUGUACUGAGCUGCUUUUUCCCGCUGCUGGGAUGUAAAAAAACACCCCAGGUGACUCUACCGAAUUGGAAAAAAAACGGAGCUGCGUUUCGUACGAAAAUAAGCCACUUUCAAUCUUUGUGUCUCGCCAAUCAAGUAUUCGAUCUUCACUUUUUCAUUUAUGUUUGCGUAUGUUUCUCUUUGAAUCGAUCGAGUCCAACCAGAGUUUGAAAAAACCCAGUACAGUGGGAUUUUUUUUGGGGGGGAUUUUUUCGGGUUUUAUUUCUUGUAGUCUACUAAUGAUUAACAAAAUUUGUUAUUCAAUUGAUUAACAAAAUGAUGAACAAAAUUCGCUAUUCAAUUGAUUAACAAGGUGAUUAACAAAAUUCGCUAUUCAAUUGACUAACAAAGUGAUUAACAAAAUUCGUUAGUCAAUUGAUAAUUCUAUUAUGAAAUAAAUUUCAAUUUCAUGUAUUUAUGUUUAAUUUAUUUAUUUAAUUAUUUGUUCAUUUUAUUUAAUUGAUUAAUUUAAUAGAGGUAUAUGUACAUGUAUAUAAGAGGCAUUUCAUGCCAAAUUGAAUCCUUGAAUCCGACCAUUUUUUAUUACAUUAAUUUUUUUACAAAAAAUGAUUCUAUUAUGUGUAUAUAUAAGGUCUUAAAAUGUUUGUUACGUACAAUAGAUAUUUUAUUUUGCUAAAAAAUGAAGUUUUUAACUAAUUAAUAUCUGAAGAAAGAUGAAAAUUAAAGCAAAAACUAAUUAAAUUAAACAAUUUUUUUAAUUCUCUAAAAAAUCGAAGAAAGCAUUUAUCGUGUAUGAAAUCUUAAAAUAUUUGUUACUUAUAGUAGACUUUUGUAAAUUUUUUCAAGAAAUUGACGUUUUCAAAAAAUUAUAAAUUCUGUAUAUUAUAAUUUGAUAAAUAAUUGAAAGAAAAACCGCAUAUAACUUUUAAUAAUUUUAUGUAAAAGACAUCCCAGAUGACUCCCGGGUUGAAAAAAAAAAACGGAUCCGCGUUCCGCACGAAAAUAAGCUACUUCCAGUCUUUGUAUCUCGCCAGUCAAGUAUUCGAUCUUUAUUUUUUCAGUUAUGUUUGCGUAUGUUUCUCUUUGAAUCGAUCGAGUCUAACCGAUCGGAUCGCUCCGAUUCGAAUUAGCCUGCGCCUCUCUUGCGUCCAAGAAGAUUGACAGAUUGCGCGAACAGAAUGGAACAGGAGCGACGAUGCGCAGCAGCGUAGAAGUGUCUCGAGGAGCGGUUGCGAAAAACGCCAAAAUAGAGCGAGUGUGUGACAGAAUUGUAAAAACGGUGCGCCUAAACUUCUACGACUUUUCCCCUUAAGGAGACAGCCUCUCAGGCGGAGCCGCUCGGUCCCCGCGAGCUUUGUAAUUAUGCAAGCGACAAAAGAAAUCGUUUUGAUGUAGUUGCGCGUAAAAACGUGCUGCAAAAUAACUGUAUGUAUGUAAAUGGAAUAACUAUAGAUUACGAUUAUUGAGAGAGACAGAGUGUGUGUGUGUGUGUGUGCGAGGGAGGGGGAGAGAGAGAGAGAGAGAGAGAGAGAGAGAGCGCGCGCGUGCGUGCGUGCGUGUAUGUAUGCGUGUGUGCGCGCGCGAGGGAGAGAGAGAAAGGGCAGCGAGUGUGCGAGAAAAAGAGUGAGAGAGUGAGUGCGUGCGUUUUAGUCCGCCAUUCGUGUACAUAGCCUCUCGAUCGGAAUUAUUGCUAUUUGCGAGAUAUAGAUUUAUUUUGAUGUUAUCUAGGUGUAUACGGCGAGGGAAAAAGAGGGUGCGUUUGUGUGCGUGUAUUGCGUGAAUAGAGAGCGUUUCCUUUUGCGGAGGGGGGUGCGACUCACGGUCGCACCCGGCGUAGCGAGAAAUCACCAUCUCACCACCUAAUUUACGUCUGUAAUUGCUAAAUAUCCUGGGAUUCGAAUUCCUUAUUCGAUGUACUUAGACACGCAAUCAAUAUAGGCAUGUAUAUUGAACUGUA